CAGACACAGUUUGAAAGCCGAAGACACCGGAGUUCACCGCAGUGUCUGACCCGAUAGAAAGGAAACAUGUCGGCGAACGGAGCCGGACGAGCCGGAGAAGACUCCACGGACGCGAAGCCCAGCGACGAGCCGAGGUCCGAGGCGUCUUCGUCUGCUCCCGAGGAAGUGGACGCCAAGGCCCAGUCCCACAGCUUCAGGUACAGCCUGGAUUUCCCCAGCAUCGGCCAGUGCAUCAUCAUCAACAACAAGAACUUCGACAGGAGAACAGGCAUGAAUCAGCGGAAUGGGACCGACGUGGAUGCGGCCAACGCGAUGAAAGUCUUUGCCAAGUUGGGAUAUAAAGUGAAGGUUUACAACGACCAGACAGUGGAGCAGCUGAAGCAGGUUUUAGUUGGCGUAUCGAAGGAGGAUCACAGCUCCUCGGCCUCGCUCGUGUGCGUCCUGCUGAGUCACGGAGACGAGGGCGUGUUCUUCGGCACCGACGGCUCCGUGGAGCUCAAGUACCUCACCUCGCUGUUCCGAGGCGACCGCGUCAAAUCGCUGGUGGGAAAACCCAGACUCUUCUUCAUACAGGCUUGCAGAGGCACUGAUCUGGAUGGAGGGAUUGAAACAGACAGUGUAGACGAUGGUACGACCAGGAUCCCUGUGGAAGCGGACUUCCUCUACGCCUUCUCCACAGCCCCAGGCUACUACUCGUGGAGGAACACCACCAGUGGCUCCUGGUUCAUGCAGUCGCUGUGCGAAAUGAUCAGCAAGUACGGAAAGCAGUUGGAGCUCCAGCACAUCAUGACACGAGUGAACCACAAGGUGGCAGUGGAGUUUGAGUCUGUCUCCUAUUCACCAGGUUUUAAUGCAAAGAAACAGAUCCCGUGCAUCGUGUCAAUGCUGACCAAAGAGAUGUAUUUUACCCCCUGAUGUUGGUUGUGCUUGUGAAGUUUACACAUUCUGACUGAAAAUCUCCUGAAACCUCCGUUACAUAAAUCUGUCAGAGCAGAUGUGAUGCUAAAUUGCUUUUACUCAACAAAUUUGGGAUUACAAGGUUCUGAUUGCACUGUUCUAAAAACACAGAAUUGGAUCUUUCUUCUCAGGAACACAUCUUUUUUUUUGUACACAUUUAAACUUGAAAUAUCCUUCUUAAAACAAUGCAUGAAACAAUAAUGUUAUAAAAACAUUACAAUUUCGUUAAAAUCGUGAAAAUCUGCAGGUACAAGAACAAUUGGCCGUGUAAUUCCCAGUUGGUUACCAGUAGAGGCCUCUUCGCUGUUUACACUUUACAACAUUUCAGGGAAUUGCUAUCUGGAGCCUCUUUAAUAGGAAGUUUGACUUUUUAUAUCUGUUUAAUCAUGAACAUGCAUUAGGUCAGUCGUUUGGGGUAUUUUCUGUGUCAGUUGUUCUUUAUUACACCACUGAGUCUUGAUAAACAUCUGCUGUCUUUAAAGCUGUUUUCAGACAUGAACUCUGGAAAAUAUUACAACGUUCAGCUGAAGGGUGGCGUCUGGAUAGAUAACGUAUUAUGUCAACUUUUGAGUUUUCAUUUAAAGCCAAAAGCUCUCGACUCAUUGUUUUUCCAAGUUUACAUCUUAACGGUGUCUUGCACGUGAAUGGCUCCUCCUUUUCAUACUGAGAUAUUUGCAUUCCUCCAUUUCUACAUCCGUUAGAAUCCACACCCACUUAUUGCCUGUGAGUUUUCCUGUAAAUUUACUGCUGUAUUGCAGGAACAUUUCUGGAAAAUGUCUGGAGCAACUUACUCUGUGCAUUUGCAUUCUCACACUACAGCCUCUUAAAGAAAACUUGUCAGGUCAUGUCUGGCUGUGUGGAGCCUGAAGAAGGCACCACUUGCACUCCAUAGGUUCAUUAAAUGAUAAAGUUGUGUGGCACAUUCAGAAGCACCCAGUAAGCUAGCACGUGUGUGUGUGUGUGUUUUUUUUUUAGUGUUAAUGCUUAAGAAUACAAUUCUUAAUAUUAUUCAUUAUCUAUGGAUUUCUUUGAAGGAACAGUUGCCUGUGAUUGUCAUUCUAUAUGUGGACACAAGCUUCUUCAUAGCAAACACGAGUAAAGCCAGUCAACCUCCCUGAUGCUGUUAUAUGAUGAGUAAUUGAUACUUAUUUCAUUACUUAUUCAGAUGUUUUAUUUAUUUCUUAUGGGGUUGUUUUUAUACCUUAUGACAAAUUGGAUACUUUCUGACUUCUUAAAAAGAAUUUACAGCGGACUGUUUAAAAACUGAGUCAAACUUUUAUAUGUAAUCAUCAGGAUUGAGUGGUUGUAUAACUGGGCACAAUUUGAUCUAAGUUCUCAUCGAGGUCCUGGUCAUUUUUUAACUGACAUCACAGUUUUUAAUGCAGCGAACAAUCUGAAACUCAUGUGCGUUAAAAACAAUAUUCCAGUGCUAUUAGACAAUCCAGUCCUUGGAAUUGACUUUAGUUUGCUAUGAAUCUCACUCUUUGGCUUCUUUGAUGUAACAUCACUGCAGUGUUACUUGUGUUUUGUUUUUCCUGAAGAAUAAAGACCACUUUUCAUCGA